AUGGACGAGCAGUUCUUCUAUGCCGUGCUCCGAAUAUCCGUGGCACAGAUUCUAAAAGCACUGGGUUUCGAUAAAUGCAAACCGCUGACCCUCAACACAAUCACAGAUAUCUACAUCAAGCACUUUGAGCUCGUGCUAAAUAGUGCUAAGAAGUUUGGACAUGCCCGCUCAAGAUGCACCAACGUUCUCGAAGCUCCUGAUUUGGUUCAGGCUCUACUAGAUGUGCAAUUGAUUAAGCCACUGACAGGCGACAGCUUGUUGGAUCCUAAGGAUGCCCCCAAUGAACCAGAAACCGAAUACAAUGUCAAAUCGCUAGAAUCCUUCAUCAAGUGGCUACAGUUCAGUGACAACUUCAACUUGUCCAAGAGAUUGAGUGAGGUUCCAAGCUCACAGCUCAGGAACUUGAUGGAAAAGAGAAAAAUCGAUACACUGUCCGAAACAGACCAGGAGAAGAAGAAGCGAAGAUUACGUGAAAGACAGGAAUACUACAACCAGCUCAAACUGGGAGAGAAUCCAGCAAAUGCUCAAUUUGGUGGCAUAGCAGAUGACCUCGAGGAGGCCGAAGUCACUGAAAAUGACAAGCUUUCCUGGUUAGCAUACUUGGCAGAGAAGGACGUCAAGUUGGGCCAUAAUCUCCAAUACGUGAAUACAGUGCUUCACGACAUGGUGCUACCCAUCCACAACAACAGCAAAUACCAUCCGUCCAAGGAUGAAGAGGACGCGUACCUGAAGUUCCUUUCGCAUGCCCACAACAACAUCAGAAAUGACCACAUACUAUUGAAUAUUCAAGAAGCCGACACCGAGGAAGAGGCAAAGGUCGAGAGAGUGCAGCCGUCACAGAAGCUCAAGGAUGCCUUGCCGUAUAAUGUGAAGUACCAGGACUCCUUGCUUAAUGAUGAUCUCCAACAGUACAUCGAGUACACGGAGAAGUACGGCUUUCCUGCAACACCGGUCUCAGCGAAGUCCCCUGAGCCCAUGGAUGUGGAUGCGCCUAAUGGUGGAUCCCAAGAGGUUGAGACGGAACCGUCGAGUGUGAAGAUGUCGGAGACGGGCGCCGAGAAGCCGGAAAGUGGGGAGAAGAGCGAGCUCAAUGCCGAGGCUGAGAGUAAAGAAACAGCAGGUGGGGAUCCAGUAGCUCAAAAUUCAGAAAAGAAGGAGUCUGAGGUUCACGAUGAACAGGAAGAACAGAAACCCUCGCUGAACGACGGUCCAUCUGAGAAUAAAGAGGAGGAGCCAACGGAGGAUGUCAAACCGGAAGCCAAGGAGUCUGCAGAUGCUAAUGAACAGGAAAGUGUCGAAAAAUCUGCUGAUGAACCGGCUGAAGCACCAGCUGAGCCAGCAGCGGAAGCCAAGGAAGAAAUGGACAUUGAUGAAGAGAACAACGAAAAGGAUGAAUCAUGA